AGCAGGGAACACAACUUUCCCUCUUUUUGCCCCCAGCCUCCACUCCCUUCCGGGCUCUGUGCAGACCGCUGUGGAGCAGCUCAGAGGGAACACGGAGGACGUCUGCGUUCAGGAACAAUGUAAGAAACUUUUUUUUUGUAAACUUGGGUGAUCUGCGCACCAAACCCCGGCAGGACUACGGUGGAGGUUUCAUUUCACUGACGCUGCGUGCUAACUUUCUCUUCUGGACGAGCUGAUUCACCAGGUACAUCAUGACAAAAGGUUUCAGUGCGCGCACAGUGCGCACGGCACUUUUGGCACUUGUGCUUUGCGCACAGGCAGGUUUGGGUUUCUCGGUGGCCGGGCAGCAGGAGAGCACCUGCGAGGCCAACGGCAGCAUAUACUACGUCGGUGAAUGGUACUUUCUGGACUCGGAUCACUGCACACAGUGUGAGUGCACCGCCGAGGGCUCCGCGUGUGCCCGCACCGAGUGCACCUCUCUUCCGGCUGCGUGCAUCCAUGUCAGCCACUACCCCACCGACUGCUGCCCCCGGUGCGAGAAGAUCGGCUGUGAGUACCGAGGGGUGGUGUAUGAGCUGGGGCAGAACUUCCAGCCAUCAGAAUGUGAGCAGUGCACCUGUGACAGUGAUGGCAUCGCCCGCUGUCUAGUCGCAGACUGUGCUCCUCCACCGUGUGUCAACCCCGUCUACCAGCCUGGGAAAUGCUGCCCUGAAUGCAAGGAGGGUCCUAACUGCUACGCCGACGCCUCGCGCGGCCAAGUGAUUCCCGCCGGAGAGCCCGUCUGGGUCGACUCCUGCACCAAGUGCCGCUGCCACGACGGCCAGGACGCCGGCUACUGGGAGGGAAACCGCCUCGCCACCUGUUCCCGCCUCAAGAACUGUAAACCUGAACAACCGUCCACCCAAAACUGAUUCCCUCCGUCAGCACAGAACCAGCUGCUGUUCUAACAGUUUGACAGCCCAUGUGCUGCACUCGUUCUGUUUCAGUCCUUCCUGUGGUGAAAAUGAUGCGUAAAGAUCGUCUGCAACUGCAAAAAAAAAAGCAACUUUUUAGGGAAAAGCAACCAAAGAAAUCUUUUAAGAACACAACCAGCUGUUAGCGAGGAUCAUUCAUCCAACACGUUAAUGCCUGAAAGUGGAUCAAUAGGAGCAGAUCAGACUUCAUGUCUGACUAGAGAUGAUGAUUUUUAGUCCUUGAAAAACCAAAAUUGGGUGAAGAAAACUAUUUCCAUUCAAGAAUACGGUCUGCAGUAGAAGAUGUUAGAUUUACUGUGACCUGAAACACAUCACCCCUUGUUCCUGAUGUCUCUACUUCCACAGACUGUAUGAAUCCAACAGGAACAUGAAAAAACAAACUUGACCCUUAAAAAGCGACUCUGCUCCAGAUAGUUGACUUUUUAUUUGUUCUGCUCGUCCGCGGUUUCUUCAGAAAGGUCGACUAAAUCAAUAUGUUUUUAGCAAGAGAGAGAGUAGUGAGCUUUUCUAGACAUUAGUUACCCAGGAGGUGUUCUACGCAGCAUAACAAAGCCGUUGAGAUUAUUGGAUGAUAAGAAAUUAUAAUUGACUUGUCACCGGUUGAUGCAGUGCCAAAAUGUGUGCACAGCUGUGAUGCAAUUAAGACUAGAGGAUGGAUGAGGAGGGCAAUAAACUACUUUGUAAAACUUCUAUAAAUCUGCUCCUUCAGUUUCCGCGCUAAUUGAAAUGUAAUGUACGAGAGGACGGCCUGACGUGUGACUGCUGUAGGUGCAGACACGGCCGAUGUUUGACAGUAAUUUCAUUUAGUCGUGCUCGUGCACCGUAGAGCAGGACGGCAGUGUAAGCUGCUGCUUCAUUAAAUUUUCACAGGAGAGAAUCUGCAGCCUGUAGAGCAACGAGCUCCUCUGUUGAAGUGAACAGUUGUCUGUUGCUGUAGAUGUAGCAUGAAGUAUAUUGUCAUUUUAUGUAGUUUUAUACGCAGCAAGGCUUCUUUCAAUAGUUUCUACCGCUUUGAUCAGGAGGAACCUUGGAUUUAAAACCAAAAGUAAUCUCCACUUAUACUUAUGGCAUUCCCAUAUAAGAGAACAAGUCACAGCUGGAAUUCUCCCUUUUCUAUGUAAGGUUUGCAAUGAAACUUAGACUUCUGCAGUUAUGAACCUGUUUUAAAAUAAAAUUACGUGUUUACCAGUCAGUUCAGCUCAAAGACUGGAAACGUGGAGGCAGCCGACCUGUUUCUGUUCAACAGCAACAAAAUCCACCUGCUGGUAAACAUCAGCUCCUCUGAGCUGCUGUCGGCUGCUUGAUAACUGGCUCCAGGCACGAGUGCAGUUUAACCCUAAUAUAACGAGCAUUUAAGUGGGAGUUUUUGGACAGAUUCAGGCUGUUUCCAGUCUUCAUGCAAAGCCACUUUAACCAGCAGUGUUUAAUGCACAGACUUAAGAAAGUUUAGUUCCCAACAUGUCUGCCUUUUCCUGCAAGUGUAGUUUUAAUCCAGUGGCUGAAACAAAAGGGAAAUGAUGUAAACCACACAUUCAGAUCACAUGUGAGAUGCUGCUGUACGUCAGUCAGCUCUACCAAAACACGGUCCCAAUUAAAACGUCGUUUUAUACCCUUUAAA